GCAUGCGUCCAUUCAUCCCAGACAAAGAUGUUGGUGUGUUCGAGAGUUUCCUGGAGAGCAUCGGGAUCCGAGAGGGAGGGAUUCUAACCGACAGCUUUGGACGCAUCAAACGCAGCAUGAGCAGCACAUCGGCCACCGCCAUGAGAGGGUACGACAACAACUCUCACGCCUCCGGAUCUCAGGAAUUCAACCGACGCAUCUCGGACAUCGCCCACGACAUCCAGGCGCUCGGCUUCCAGGAGACACACGGAGACAUCGAGGAGGAGGACUACUACCUCUGAUGGAGGGACCCUGCCCACGUGCCCCUGAGCAAGACCAGCCCGUCACAUCACGUGUUUUCUCCUCAAUGUAAACGUCCUAAACCAGAGGUCUUCAACGUUUUUCAGGCCAAGGACCCCCAGACAGGUGGAGAGAUGGAGCAGGGACC